GUCGUCCAUUUUGACAUUUAAAGAUGAAGUGAUCAUUAUUAACAACACGUGCAAAUGUUAAAUUUAAAAGUUAAUAAUGUCGAUGCUUGCGGGUCCUCGCCGCAAACAAAAAGUUAUAAAUCUUCGAGCUAAAAAUAACGAAUGGAGCAAUGAUACCAAUAAAUUUGGACAGCGUAUGUUGGAGAAAAUGGGUUGGACAUCAGGAAAAGGGUUAGGUGCGAAUGAAAAUGGAAUAGUUGAGCAUGUUGUGGCCCGAUAUAAAAACGAUGAAAAAGGACUCGGAUUUGAAGACAAAAAUGACCAAUGGACUAAACACGAGGAUGAUUUCAACUCAUUGCUUGCAAACUUAUCCAAUGCUACUGAUGAUGGCCCUAAACUGCACAGUGGAGUUUCUCUUGAAGAUAAAUCGAAAAAAAGUAAAGCACGGAUUCAUUACCAUAAGUUUACUCGGGGAAAAGAUUUGGCUCAAUACAGUGAAAAAGAUCUAGCUAAUAUCUUCGGUAAGAAAAGCUUUAAACAAGAGGAUGUAACUGAAAGCCCCCUUGUAGAGAAGACAAUAACAACCGAGCAAGUAUUUACAGAAAAAGGUAGUAUGGAAGAUUACUUCAAGAAUAAAAUGGCGGUGAUUAAGUCAAAGAAUAAAACAUCACAUAUAAAACAGGUUCAGCCAGAAUUGGACUGGGAGGAUGAACCAAGGUGUGGUUUCCAAGGCUUUUUAGGAACUGCAGAUCAGAAAGAUAUAGUUGAAAACAAUAACCUUCUAGAAAAUAAUUUAGAUGAUCGGAGAGAGUUCACAAAUCAUCUAGUAAAUGAUGAAAAAGUUGAAAACUUUGAAGAUCACCCAAAAAUCAAGAAAAAGAAAAAAAAGAAACGCAAAGACAUCGAAGAGGUGAUUGAGUUUUGUGAUAUGACUGAAGAUGAACCACCGAUUGAAAAAUUAAAGAAAAAACAAAAAGCGAAUGCUAAAAAUUCAGGUCAGGAAUCUGAUAAUGAGACACGGAAAGGUUGCAAGAAGCAAAAACAAGAUAAAGUUGAAAUGGAAGAGUUAGAUGUAAGUCUAAAAAAGCCUAAGAAAAAGAAAAAAAGGAAAAAUAAAGACAUUUAAAAAUAUGCAUUCUUUUAAUAAGUU